UGCCCCAACCUGCGACCCAUGAUAAAUUACCCGACUUGCCACGUGGCGGGUCCGGAUACCAAGAAACCCGCCCCGGACCUGCCCCAUUGCCAUUCCUAUGUGAAAUGUUAUUUCCGUAAUGGUAGUAUAUGAAUUUGAGAUUAUUUGACAACCCUUACGAAUUUUGAUUUAUAGUUGAAUACCCUUGAUUAAAUUUUGGGUCCGCCAUUGCAUAUGGUAUUGACUGGCAUUGAAAUAAGAGCAUAUCAUAUGAUAUGAAAAGAGUACCAUGGUGGUAUGAAUAUACCAAGACUGUAGGAUGAUUAAAUACAUGAUAAUAAGAGUAUACUAACUGUCAUUUACGACUUUUAAUAUUGUGUACAACAAGGUACCAUGCCGUAGCAUGGUGGUAUUGUGUGGUAUUUUUUGGUCCUGUAUUUUGCUCACCCAUAAAUUAGAUUCAAUAGAUCAUGAUGAUCUCGUUUAUUCUGUGCAAAAAUUUUCAAAAACGACUUAAAAACAAAGAAUAUAUCAUAUGGUAUGCAGUUGGUAACGGGAGGCAAGAAAUAUUUUUUUCCUCAAAAAAUAUUGAAAAUGGAUUUCAUUUUGUUAAGCACAACGAACUCGUUCCAUCUGUGCAAAAAAUUAAAAUUCGAAUUAAAACGAAAAAUAUAUGAACCAAUUAAGAAAAAAAAAAUUAAUUGUCCACAUUUAGUCAUUUAUAUUUGAAUUUUCUAAAUCAAUGGUUCUAACCAAGGGUGCAGUUAUACACACCGGUCUGGUACAGUAAUCCACGGAAGAUGUAUAGUUUAGGAAAUAAUUUGGAUUAUUCAUGGUCCAUCAAUGAGGCCACGUGGCAGAUUCAGACAAAACAGCUGCUUUAGCUGCCAGAAUCUCGAUAGUUGCUGCCUGAUUUCCUCCAGCCUUCUGCUUUCCUUUAAUUUCCCGCUCUGAGCUCAAUCACACCGAUACGCAAUCCAUCCAUGGAAGCCAACAGAAAGAUGCAUAACCAGGAGCAGAAGGCUGCCGGAACUUGGCCACUGUCGAAUCUCGUUCUGUACUCUUUUUGGCAGAGUUCCUGCUCAUGGCGAGUUCGCUUUGCACUGAAACUCAAAGGUCUUCCGUACGAGUACAGAGCAGUGGAUCUGGUGAAAGGGGAGCAAUUCAGCCCAGAAUUUCAGCGGUUGAAUCCUCUUGGUUAUGUUCCGGUUCUGGUGGAUGGUGGCGUGGUUGUCUCCGACUCGUUUGCAAUAUUGAUGUAUUUGGAGGAUAAGUAUCCACAGAACACCUUGUUGCCAGAGGAUCCUCAACUGAGGGCUCUGAACCUCCAGGCUGCAGGUGUUGUCACCUCAAGCAUACAGCCUCUUCAUAUGCAAUCACUACUGAAGUACAUAGAAGACAAAUUUGGUCCAGAAGAACGGUUGUUGUGGGCUAAGACUCAUAUAGAAAAGGGUUUACUUGCUCUUGAGAAGUUACUGAAAGGCUUUGCUGGUCAAUAUGCAACUGGAAAUUCACUUUACCUGGCUGAUGUGUUUUUAGCACCCCAGAUUGCAGUAGCGGUAUCCCGAUUCAAAAUUGACAUUACUCAGUACCCAACGUUGAGCAGAAUACAUGAAUCGUACAAGUCGGUGCCGGCAUUUUUAGCUUCAAUCCCAGAAGCACAAGCGGAUGCAUCGCAUUGAGUUUCUUUCCUGUUUCAUUUGACUAUGCAUAGGAACGGAAUAUUAACUGUUGAAGUGUAGACGAUGUGACCGGGAUCUGUUAAAUUUUCUAACGUUUAAAUUAGCAUGAACACCCGGUCUAGCUCAGUCAGUAGAAGGCAAGGCUCUUAACCUUGUGUAGUUGUGUUUAUGGGUUGGAGGCAGACGAUGGCCGAUUUUUUUUCUUCUCGAAACUCAAUUACUGUUUAUUUUGCUGAAGUCUUCCAUGGUCAGAUCAGUACCUGUUUCAAGUGGAAAAACAGUUUGGUUGGGUUGCUCCUGACUUCUUAUGAAGAUGACGAUUGUUACUACGGUCCACACCUCUUCAAAUACUGUUCGAACGAGGGUGUUUGGUGUAUGGGGAAUCUACGUUACUUUACACUACUCCUAUGGAUAUUCUUCGAAGCUCCGCGACUACAACUAAGACUACUACUAUGGAGGAUCUUUCAUGGAGGAGAGCUCCUCAAACUACAGAGAAAAGAAAAAAGGGACAGUUGAGACAAAUUGUCUUUAUGUUGAGUCGUGAUUGUCUGCCUUGCUCCAGGAUCUUGCUUUAAGUUUUGUUUCAGGAUUUGUCCAACUGCUCUCUCCCUCUCUCUCCUUCUACCGAAAAGUAGCUCCGCUUAGCCUCUACGCAAGUAAGUUGUCGCCAAGUCUCUGGACACAUCACCACAUCAUCCUAUUUCAACAUGGAUGGUAUCAUCUAUCUAGUAUUUUGGAUGGUAUCCAUGAUAUGGGUUGAUCACCAUCCAAUUAGUCCUUUGGAUGGUGUCCAUGAUAUUUGGGAUGUUACCAUCAACCAUAUGGUUGGGAUGGUAACCAUGAUGUGGGAUGGUCACCAUCCACUGAGAGUUUGGAUGGUGUCAACUAUAUGAGGAUAAUCACUAUCCAAUUAGUCCUUUGGAUAGUAUCCAUGAUGUUUGGGAUGAUAUCCCUGAUCUUGGAUGGUACCAUCCAUCAUAGGGUUUGAUGGUAUCAAUGAUGUUGGACACUACCAUCCAUAAUAGGAUUUGGAUGGUAUCCAUGAUGAUGAACGCUUCCAUCCAUAAUAGGGUUUGAAUUGGUAUCCAUUAUGACGGAUGGAUGGUAACAGUGUUGUAGUUGGUCCAAUCACCAUCUUGGAUGACUAACAACAAGCUCCUACCAGCCAGACAGUGGCCCAACCAUCCAAUUCGGACCACCGGGUCCAUAUACGGGCCAACUACUUAAGGUGUCCUAAUUAUUCAUAAAUACUACGUGAUAUUUAAUAAAUUUAUUUUGGUGUAAACAAAUGCCCCACAACUGCUCAGGUACCAAACCACAUGAAUUAAACAGUGGCUUGCAUGACACCCCAUCACAUAAGGAGUCCCCUUCCUUCAUGGCCAAGUCACACAUGGCAGUAAUUUAUGUCACUUCCAAUUCUUACUCAGCCAAACACCAAUUUUUUUUUAUUCGGCUAUGAGAAAGCCAAGCAAAUUAAUUAAUCCUUAAUUAGCCAGGCCAAAAAAAUGUGGCCUUAGUACUACUUUCUCCUUUUCUGAUAAAGAGUACAAAUUCUUGUUCAUGUAGGACACAUCUUCUUAACCCAUAUCCUACUAACAAAAGGAAACUCACUACUAUAAGGACACAACUAAUUUCUUCCCUAUAAAUUGAUGCUCCCAUUCCUCAUAAUUCACAACUCAAAAAUACCAACAUACCUCCAAUAAGUUGUACCAUGCUUAUCAAGAGCAUCAUCCGUCUCAUAUCUCCAUGCCGAGGUAACCCUUUCUCCAUUUUGCUCAUGCUUGCCGCAAUAUUUUCAUGCAUUGACUUAUUAUGGACUUGAUCAUUUCAGUGACCAUGGCCAAAUUUCUUUGGCCAUCAAACCCCAGUGAUUUAAACACUCUCUUCAAUUUGUCUGGCCAUUGUACAUGGCCAACUCAGUUGCUACUACUUUCUAUGUGCCCAGACCAGUUUUGUCUCUCUUUUUCAUCAACUUGGGUCCUCUUCUUGUCAUGGGCACCAUGUAAUUGCAUGCCAAGAACCUAUGUCGCUAAUCUGUUGAGGUUACACAUGCACCCACACAAACACUCACACACGCCAUAUAGAGCCAAGAUCUUGAUCAAAUCAAUCACCAUCCAUAGCUAACGUGGAUAGUAUCCCUUUUUACCAUGUAAUCAUCCCUCAAAAGGACACUAUUCCCCUCAAUCAUGGAUGGUUACUCAAUACUACAGUACCCAACUCAAUCACCAUCCAUCCCUACAAUGAUGGUAUCCUUUUAUUUGAGCAACACCAUCAAAAGCCAAUUAGGAUGGCUUGAUCACCACUUUAUUUAUUUAGUUUAUAUUUUAUCUAUGUUUUUUUUUCAUGACAAGAGUUGUGAUGCAUCACCACUCGCCAUAACCCUUAAUAGUUACUAAGGAGCCAAAGGUAUAUACCCAUUGCCAACUCCAUUGAUCAAACCAUACAAGUCAUUCAUGUGUCAUGUGACUUCCUCCUUUCAAAGGAGGUAUACCAACUGGAAUGACAUUAUCUAUCUUAAUGCCAGAGUGCAUUUUCCCAACAUGAUUUUUGGCACCCUUGCUUAUGGCCCCAUGUCUAUCUACUCGAGUUACCCCAACCAGCAAAUUUGGUUGUUGACAUUGACCCCUAUAGUUGUGAAUUGUUCUAAGAGGCACACCAUGCAUUCCCAAUUAUGUUGGGUUAGAUUAGCAAUCAUGAACACCUCUUUGCCUUGACUUCUCCCAAAGUGGUUCACAUCUACUCUUCACAUUACUUAGAGAGGAUGUGUACUUAGACUUUACAUGUCCACGACCACCUAUAUGGAUUACUUGUCUUUGUUUCCAAAAUCUAAAGUCUUAUUGCUUCCUACACUUAGCACACAACCACCUUUGAUCAUUUGCUUUACCAUAUCUUGUUGGUGCACAUUGAGGCUUCUUAUGCAUGCCACUAUGUCCACCAUUUUUGGUUGACAUCUUACAACAUUGUCCAUCAUUUUAUACAAUGUUUAAUUUAUGCAAACCAUGAGUGGAUUGAUCAUACUCUAGACUACAUGACCUGCCCCCCCCCCCCCCCCCCCCCCCCCCCCAUCCAACUUUUGUGGUUGGUGACAUGCCCCCAGUCUAUUCCUUAUCAUGCUUUUACCUUUACCAAGUCAUAUGUAGGCUGAAUUUUUGUCAAGUUUUCUGACAUGCCCCCCAAUCAAUCUUUGUUGGUACGUAACAAGCCUCCUUGUCCAAACUUUGGGAUACUAACUUUCUCUCUUGCUGGAGACUUUGACAAAUUAUCCCGUAAAGGAUCACAACGAGGUAGGCCAACUUUUUUGGCUUUGAAUUUUGGCAUGUGGUCACCAUCCCAACACUGGGAAGAGUUUUUGGUAACCAUUUGAUAGACCAAUAAUUACACAUGUUUUUACCCCUAUUCUUGAGUCGUUUGAGAGGUUGAAUCCCGUGUUUUAAGCCGAUUUCACGCGAGGUUGUGUGUUUAUGUCAUAUUUCAGGGCCCGGCGUUGGAAUCGAGGCGAGGAAACGAGUUUUGGGUCAAAAGGAGCGAAGUUGGGUCGAAGUGUGCUGCAGGAGGGAAAUACCCGGUCGUGGGCUCAAAUACCCGACCGGGUAUUUAUUGUUUUGGCACCCGUGAGAAACAGAGGGGGGCCCGGGCAGGAGGCAAAAACCCCCGGUCGGGGAUUCUUGGGCCAGACCGGGGAUUUUCCCUGAGCAAAAACGGUGUGCUUCAGUCAUACCCGGUCACGACCCAAAAUACCCGACCGGGUAUUUCGACCGGGUAUCGCGACAGGCAGCAGUUUUAAAGGAAAAGAAGGCCAAAAAUCAAGGGUUCCGAGUUUUAGAGAGACAGAGCGAUUCCUAGAGAGAGAAAGUGACGAACUAGAGUUCCCAAGUGCCAUAGCUUGAUCUUCAUCACCAUUGGAGCCCGUCUUGAGCUUGGAGAAGUGCCGAUCGAUAACCAGGAGCAGAAACUCAUCCUUCACGGUAUGAUUUCUACGUCUGAAUAUGCUUUUGCUUCUCUCUCCAUGGAGUAGUUUUCCCAUUCAUCUGGGUAUGGAGAACCCUAGAUUUGUAUGUUAGGUCUGAUUGUAUGAACCCAAGUACAUAUUUCAUGAGUUGAUUAUAUUCGAUUGAGGCUUGAAUGAUUGAAUGACUUGAAUCCUGAUCAAAUUCCUGUUGUUUCUGCUUUAACCUAGAAUGAUAAUAUCUGCCUAGGUUGAUAGAGCACCCUUAAUUGAAGGUGGCGAACUGGUGACUUUAGUCGAGGAGCCUAUUCGCUAUUCUGUAGCGAAUUCAAUUCGGUAGUGGAGGUUUGGUUCGUUAGGGCCUCAAUCUGUUUACUCCGGUGGAGGUUAGUCGCCCGCUGGAGACUCAGAUUGAGAUGGUCUGAAGACCUUUAGUCGAGACUUCAGACUGUUUAAGAACCUUCCGCAGUAUAACUUUCAUGGAAAAUGAACUUGGUAAAUUGCAAUCCGGCUUAAUUGCAGUCUAGGGGGAACCAUAUCCGGGUGACCUCUCUCGACUUGAAACAACCGUUUAACUUGCUUUGUUUGUUUGUUAAUUUGGACUUGCACUAAAGUUUCAUUGCUAGAUAACAAGAAUUCACCGAGUAGUCAUCAAAUCUAGGACCCGGGUUGACAUUAAAACCCAAACCCGCUAUACUACGUUUUAGGAAGUGGUUACACUUGGCCAACUUCUAGAGUGACACUAGGAGUGAGUCACCAUUGUUGCAACAUCUCCUGACUUGAUGGGAUGUGAUAAAAUAUUCUUACACCUAGAAUAUUGCUUUUGUCUCGGCUUGCCAAGAAAUGUGAUGGCAUGUCUCCCUAACAGCUUAACUUGACCAUUAUUGUCAAGCUCUCCUUUGUGCUUUUCCUUUUCAAUGAACUCACAAAUUAGUUGCUUAACAUAUUUUUCACUUUUGAUUUUUCUAGAAGCAUGUUUACAUAUACUUCCUUGCAAUGGCUUCCGUAAGCAAUAUCUCUUUUUUGCACCUUUACAAGCAAUGAUGUCCAUUGGAAAGGACACAUUUGAAUUGCUUGCUUCUGGCAACAGCGUUGGUGCAAAAAUUGGGAAUGACUCCUUAUUGACAUUAUCUAAUCCACGACCAUUUUUAUCAUUGAUAGAUGUGGCUUCUUUAACAUUUUUACCAGUCAAGCACGAUAAGUUGGAUUCACCAGCACUUUUACCAUGACAUCGUGGAUUGUCCAUCGAAAUGGCCAGACACCCAACUUUCUCAUCAACCAAUUAUGGUUGACUUCUUAAACCACGAACUUGGUUAGUGCUUAUUGUUUCAGUUUUUUCAUUCAACAAAUCUUUGUUGCUCAACAAAAAGAUUUUUUCUGGUACAAUGGAUGCAUCAUGCAUAAUUUCAUAGUUUGAAAUUUCAGAAUCACAAACAUAUCUAUCAAUCAUCCUAUCAUAGGCUUUAUCAAAGCUUUGUUCGAGAUGAUCUAAAUGCUUAUAUAUAGAGGCCAUGUGAAGAUUUACAUGUUGGUCGAUUCUAUAGAGCCCAACCACCAUUUGAUGAAUCUCCUCCAUUAUUUGGCGGAAAGAAGUAUUGCUUCGCCUGGAUUUGCAUUUGACUCCAAGACUGACACCAUUGAUCCAAUAGCGUUGUCUGAAGUCUAUCCAACUUGGUCAAUUUCAACAUUGACCAACUGCUCCUCCUCCGCAAAACCUUGUGGAAGAUCAACUUCUUGAUGCCUCUAUCGCGAAGCCAUACCAAACACACGUGUCCCACCAGGUGUGCCGAUUUGUUUCAGGUGGAAAAACGAUUGGUUGGGUUGCUCCCGACUUCUCAUGAAGAUGAUGAUUGUUACUACGAUCCACAACUCUUCAAACACUGUUCGAACGAGGGUGUUUGGUGUAUAGGGAAUCUUACACUACUCCUAUAGAGAUUCAUUGACAGCUCCGCGACUACAACUAAGACUACUACUAUGAAGGAUCCUUCAUGGAGGAGAGCUCCGCAAACUACAGAGAAAAAGAAAAAAAAGGGACAGUUGAGACAAGUUGUCUUUGUGUUGAGUUGUGAUUGUUUGCCUUGCUCCAGGAUCUUGCUUCAAAUUUUGUUGCCAGGAUUUGUCCAACUGCUCUCUCUCUCUCUCUCUCUCUCCUUCUCCCGAAAAGUAGCUCUGCUUAGCCUCUACGCAAGUUAGUUGUCGCCAAGAAGUCUCUAGACACAUCACCACAUGAUCCUAUUUCAACAUGGAUGGUACCAUCUAGCUAGUACUUUGGAUGGUAUCCAUGAUAUGGGAUGGUCACCAUCCAAUCAGUCCUUUGUAGGGGUGUUCAAAUGGUUACCAUGGUUAUAACCAAACCAAAUAAGGCUAAAUUCCAUUAACCAUGGAAUACAAUAUCAUAACCAAACCGUCCAAACUAAUAAAACAACCAAAUUAACCAAACUAAAGUUUAAUUGGUUUGGUUAAUUGGUUAACCAGAUUAACCAAUAUAAAAUCACAUUAUCAUU